GGCGCGAAGGGCAGCAUGGGGGUCACGCUGGAGAGCCUGCGGGCGGCCAUGAAGUACAUGCUGGAGUCGCAGGGCUUCGACCGGGUGCUUCACAAGAUGAAACUUAUUUCUGCAACUCCCGGCAAAGUCGUCUGUGAAAUGAAAGUAGAGGAGGAGCACACAAACAGAGGCGGCACGUUGCAUGGAGGGCUGACAGCCACACUUGUGGAUGUGGUGUCAACAGCAGCAUUGCUGUACACAGAAAGAGCACUGCCUGGGGUCAGCGUGGACAUGAACAUCACAUACACUUCUGCUGCUAAGAUUGGAGAAGAGGUGCUGAUUACAGCUCAGAUAUUGAAGCAAGGAAGAAAUAUUGCAUUUGCCAGCGUGGAUUUAACAAAUAAGGCAACAGGAAAGUUAAUUGCACAAGGCAGACAUACAAAGUAUCUAGGAAAUUAAUAUAAGAAAGUAAUUUAUAAAAUAAAGUUGGGCUUAAGAAUCCCAUAUAGAAUUAUUGUCUCAUCUAUGCAAUGAGACAUCAUCUGCACAAAGUUGUGAAAGUCUAUAUAAAGUGAAUUAGUCUCACUUCACAAAUUUCUUAAUUACCACCAGAAUUGCUACAAGCCU